AUUGUACCUGACUUGUUGCUUUGCAGAUUGGCAAUGUCUCCGCGUCGAUCUCGUCCCCGGAGGAGUCGUUCUCGUUCACAGCAUAGUGAGGAGGAGGUUCCUACGACAUCCUCUUCCGCGGCCUCAUUCUUCGGGGUGGAAUUCCCCUCGGGUAGUCUUCCUCCUCACGCCAACACCGGUUGUAGUCGGGGGGUCUUCUCUUCGGCUUCCCUUAGACAGGCUGUUAGCCCACUUCCUCGAUUCGAUAGAGGUCGCUCAGAUGAAUCUUGUCGCUUAGUACGGGAAGGAGGGCGCCACUGCUUGCGCCAGCUUAUCACAGACGCCACCUUUACCGCUGAUUCUACUUCCACUCAGGCUUUACAGAAGCCGAGCUUCUUGUUCGGGGAUCAUGUUGAGGACCCCGCUAUAUUGACUCUUGAAGAGGAGCACUGGCUGACUUUUGAUGGUGGAGCUUGUUUGUACAUCCCUUCGAUUCCACGCCAAUAUUCCUUCAGUCACUUGAAGGGGCAGGCCGUGGACAGGCAGAUGUCUUGGCCUCUUACUGAAGAUGCUGAGCGGGUUCAGUGCGGAUAUGUCACUCACCACAAGACCCCCGGCUCUAACGGGCGUAAGCCACUGAUCACUUUCCUCAGCUGCAAGUGGUUGCUUUCUGCCUAUGAGUCCAUCAGCGUGAAGAGCCUCUCAGAGUUGCAGUCCGAGUAUGCGGUCCGGGCUGCUAUGAUGGCGAUUCGCAAGGCUGAGCUUGCUCGGAAGCGGAAAAAAGGGUAG